AUGGUCUACAUGCAGGAUUCCGAGAUUGAUCCCAAGAGUGUUACCUGGGUUUGCUACGCUCUGCCUCGCAUUGCAUGCGCAGCGAUAAGGGUGCGUUGUGAACUACGCGGGCCCGAAGAUGCGGUGUGCGUCCGGCAAGUGCGUGUGCUCAGUAUGCCCGCGCCCCACCCCACCAGCGCGCUGCCCUCGCACGCGCUGCAGUCUCUCGUGGAGCAGGACACGUUGCGUGUGUUCCGCUUGCUCACUUUACAGAAGGCUGGAAAACACUCGUCGACGACGUGGAAUUUUUAA